AAGUUGAUGAGACUCGAGAGAGCAUUGCAUUCUGUUGGUUCUUUUCCCUCCCUCCCUCCCUCAAGAUCCACAGCCAGUAAUUGACUAGGAAUUUUCAGUCAUUCAUUCAUUCAUUCAUACAUCUUAUAAAAGAAAUGGUCGAUUUGAUUGAUUUGUGAAUUGAGAGAGUUGAAGCUAAGUAAGGAAGAUGGGUUGGGGAAGGGGAAUAUACGAAGGUGUGGUGGUCUUGGGAAGUUUGUGUUUACUCGGUUGGGCCGGUCUAUGGUUCUUGAACCGUCGCCUCUACAAAGAGUACGAAGAAAAACGAUUCCUCGUUCAGAUCAUCUUCAGCGUCGUCUUUGCCUUCUCUUGCAAUCUCCUCCAACUUGUUCUCUUCGAAAUCAUUCCCAUCCUCUCCAAAGAGGCAAGAGUGGUGAACUGGAAGGUCGACUUAUUCUGUUUGAUCUUAUUGCUUGUUUUUCUCUUGCCUUAUUAUCAUUGUUACUUGAUGCUUAAAAACAAUGGUGUGAGGACCGAAAGGGCUGCACUUGGUGCUGUUUUGUUCUUGCUGGCAUUUCUUUAUGCAUUUUGGCGCAUGGGCAUUCACUUUCCAAUGCCAUCACCUGAUAAAGGUUUCUUCACUAUGCCUCAGCUGGUGAGUAGAAUUGGGGUGAUCGGUGUUACGGUCAUGGCUGUUCUUUCUGGUUUUGGUGCUGUAAACUUGCCAUACAGUUAUUUAUCGCUUUUCAUCAGAGAGAUUGAGGAAACAGAGAUCAAGGCCUUGGAAAGACAACUGAUGCAGUCACUUGAGACUUGUAUAUCAAAGAAAAAGAAAAUUAUUCUUUGCCAAAUGGAGAUGGAGCACAAGCAAGGAACUGAGGAGAAGUUGAAUGCUAGAUCCUUAAUUAAACGUUUAGUUGGUACGGUUGUUCGAUCUGUGCAAGAGGACCAAAAGGAGCAAGAUAUCAAAGGAAUGGAAGCAGAGGUGCUGGCUUUAGAAGAGCUUUCAAAGCAAUUGUUCUUGGAGAUCUAUGAGCUUCGCCAAGCAAAGGAAGCUGCUGCUUAUUCUCGAACUUGGAGAGGACACAUGCAGAAUCUACUGGGCUAUGCUUGUUCUGUGUAUUGUGUGUAUAAAAUGAUCAAGUCAUUGCAAAGUGUUGUUUUCAAACAGGCUGGUUCAGUUGAUCCUGUGACAAGGACAAUAAGUAUAUUCCUACAGUUUUUUGAUAUAGGAAUAAAUGCCACCUUAUUAUCACAGUACAUUUCCUUGCUAUUCAUCGGAAUGUUGGUUGUGAUAUCAGUGCGUGGAUUCUUAACAAAUCUAAUGAAGUUCUUUUUUGCUGUUUCAAGAGUUGGAAGUGGAUCUUCAAGCAAUGUAGUUCUGUUUUUGUCUGAGAUAAUGGGAAUGUAUUUUGUAUCUUCUAUUCUUUUAAUCAGGAAAAGCUUAGCAACUGAAUACAGGAUUAUUAUAACAGAGGUAUUGGGUGGUGAUAUCCAGUUUGACUUUUAUCAUCGGUGGUUUGAUGCAAUUUUUGUGGCUAGUGCAUUCCUUUCGCUGCUUUUACUAUCUGCGCAUUAUACAUCUCGCCAAAUCGACAAACAUCCAAUUGAUUAACAAGAAACAUACUACCUUGAUGCAUGUAUAGUUUCUAUUGCCACGGAAGUGCGUAGCUGAUUAAACAUCUAUGCUAGAAGAGAUCACCGAGGAGAGGGGUCAUAUUGAUUCAGUUAUUUCAACAGAUGCACUGCUGCGAAACCUAAUCGAAUAUCCGUUUUGGGAUUAUCUUCUUUGGAAAGUUGAAAUUUCUGAGCAGAAAUAUUGUUGUCGGGUAAUAUGUUGAAUGUUGAUUUGCUUAUGCUUUAUUAAGUAUAGAAUGAAUUGGAUGUGAAUAAUUUUGCACUUGGGAUUGGUACAAUGGGCCUAAGGAACAGUUGCAGACUUAUUGGUAAUUUUAGAUUCUCUGUAGUUGAAAAUUUGAAAUUCCCACUCAAAUAUUUUG